CGCGUGUGUGUUGUGAGUUUUUUAAUUGUUUUGUUAUGUAAAUGUUAAAGCGCUCGAUGUCUUUAAAAAGUUAUGCAAUAUUGGCGGCUAUGAUGCAUAAUGCCAGCAAAUCGAACAUGCCAACGCUAACGCUGCUAACCAAUGCCUCCUACUUGGAGUCUGCAGAGCAAGAAGAUGAGCAAGCAGCAGUCUCAGCACAAACAGAGCAAAGUCAGGAGCAGCUGAGUGCAGGCGGCGUCGGCGGCGGUCCUAGCGUAAGCAACUUUUACAAUGGCGGUCUGGGACUGCAUAAUCAACAGCGUGGUCUAGCUGCGUCUGGCGUGGGCGCAGGCGGAGCAGCGGGCGCGGGAGCGGGUACAACAAACUAUGCGCAUGUUGUCAAUGGCAGCGUUAAUCUGUUGCUUGGCGGCUCAAUGCUCUGCCUGGUGACCACCAUCUUAUGUGUGGUUUGCUAUUGUUGCCAUCGCAAUAUCAGAAAGCGCACCGAAGCCGCCUACAGGCAACAGCAGCAGCAGCAGCAGCAACAGCAGCAUCAAUGGCUGGAAAAUGAUCCCAAUCUGGAAAUCUAUAGCGUUGAGCAGUGCUAUGAAUCUUCGGGUCUGUUCUUGGGCGAUUCAAUGGAAGGCUUGGCCGCUUUGCCUGCGCUGCAUCAUCAGCCACCGCCUUCGUAUGAUGUUGUGUUGCAGGAGCAGCAACAGCAGCAGCAGCAACAACAGCAGCAAUUGCAGCUGCAGCUGCAACAGCAACAGCAGCAAUUGCUGCAACGCGUCUCACCGCCGCCUGGUUACCGUUCCACGCUAGACUUGGGCAGCUUGCAGCAAGUGGCAGCCACAGCAGUUGCCAGUGGCAGUGGCAGCAUCGACGCUGUGCCGCCUGCCGCUGAAGUAGCGCUGCACAAACAAUUGCAACGCAGCUACAAUGCGCAGUCGUGUUGCUCGUUGCAACGCGCUGAAGUAGAAAAUAUGUGGCAGGCAGCUGCCACAUCAACAGCCGUGCCACGCAGCAGCAAUUGCUUGGAGCUGGAUGUAUACAGAGCCUCGCAUCGGCAUCUGGCGCUAAAGCUGAGCAAUCACUACAAGCGCGGCUGUCCGCUCUGUGGCAAGUUUCGCUACGCUGAGGAUGAAGCGUUGACAGCAUCUGUUGAAAGCAAUUGGCAGCCCAACGAAGUGAACGACAAUGUGGCAAGUGCUGCGGAGCCUACAACAUCAACGCAAGCGCUAACAGCAGCCGAUGCAGCAAAUGGCAAUGUUAUAGACGUUGAAACACUUGCCGACAUCAAUGAUAACAACAAUGUGGCAACAACUACAACAGCAGCUGCGGCUGCUGCUGCUGCUAUAACUGAUGCAGCUAGCAACAUGCAACAGCAACAACAACAGCAACAGCAGCAGGAUAAUCUUAAUGAGAAUGGCAUCAUUAGCAUGGACAUGAGCAAAAUUAUAGACAAGUCGGGCUUGCCCAGCUAUGAAGGUGCCUUGAAAUUGGAAUCUAGCGGCUAUGUGUGAGCAGAAGAGCUUAAAGCAAAGUACUGUACAUAUUGUUAACAUAAUCAAAACGUAUCUAUAUCACAAAUGUGCUUUAUUUUAUAAAACAGAAUACAAUAUAUAGAGUAAAGUGUUAUCAACUUGCAAUCUUUUAUUAACAAUGUUGACAUACAGCACACAUUAGCGAGCUACUACUGUAGUUCAGCUGAACCUUCACCUCAAAACACUUGAGCUACAAUAGGCUAUCUCUAAGUUAGAACAAUUGAUUUUUAAUUAAAUAUAUACAGCAGAAGAGCACAAUAGCGUAAAUGGCACUACAAAAUGAAGAGCGACCUUAGGCAGUGUAGUUAGUCAUUUAAACUAAUGUCUACUUAACACAGUUAACAACAUUUGUAUGACACACAUACCGACGCGCAAGCAACAUUGUAUAUUUGUUCAAUUUAUGCAGCA